UUCGCAAGGGGAGUGUGUGAUCUUUGCUCGUUCUCCCGGGGCUGAGGAGUUUUUACCACGUGUGGUCAACCUUUCUCAGAGACGUGACGAGGCGACAAUAUUGGAAGGGGAAAAAAAUAUUGCAUUUACUACAAGGAUGGCUGGGACGCGGAAGUUGCAGUUAACCUUAAGAUUGACUGUGGUCGCGGUCAUGGUGUUGGUGACGUCAGUGGAGGCCGAGGAGCAAGUGGAGGCGGAGCAGAUGUCGCCCUCGGACACUCUUCCUCGAGAUCCUCACUUCUUCGAGGAACAGACGACGGCGGAGGAGGUAGGCCGCCCUCGCCACGAUGGGGUCCCUCAUCCUCAUCCCGUUGAACAGGAUCGCCUCCGUCCAAGCGAAAAGGCCGACGAAGUGUACCCGAAGAAGUUCAGAAACGACAGCGAAGCCUCCCGGGGCUCGAUCCCCACGCCCCAGGAGGUGCCGAUGCCGCUCCCCGCCCACGACCCCCCUCACUGGGCGGCGGAGGGGAACGCGACCUGGGUGGAGGACGACCUCCCUCGCGCGACACUCGAUUCCAACGGCACUGCAGGGCCUGUGCACGUCUCCGAGGAGCCUCAUCCGCUCCCUGGUAAGGACGAAGGGAGCCUCCACAGCCCGGCGGAGGAAGAAGCGCGCCAUCACGACAGGGAGGAGGAGGUGCACCGCCACCAGCACGUGACGGACGACGUCUCCACGCUGGUCCAGCCGACCGCCGCCGAUGUCGAAGGAAUUCAAGAACCCGUGGUGAUGCCCGUCACGGAGGGCAAGAAUAAGAGCAAAUUCGACCCCGUCGCCGUUUACGGGCUGCCCAAGGAACUGAUGCCCAUCCACCCUGGCGGCGGCUCAAGGUUCGACGACCUUGAGAAGGAAAAACUGGAGAGAGCAAAGAUGGCGCAGACCAAGGUCGAUGACGACGACAUAGAAAACGGGAACUCGUACGACGCGGAGGGACUAUACAGUUCUGCCCCAAGACUCCAGAUUAGCUUCACGAUCUUUUCCUCUUUAUUGUCUGUUAGGAUUUUAAUCUAGGAAUGGCUUCCGUCAAAUCGUAUAGAUUUCAGUCAUUUAACAUGUGAGAAAAAGAAGGAAAAAAUCGUAAAUCCAGUGUAAAAUGGGCAUCACUAUCACGCAGCAUCAUUGAAAUAAAAGACAUGAUCUCACUUGCUUUAAUGUCAUGAAAUCGUAUUUGAACAAUCAAGUAAAAUGUUCAUACUAAUCUUUUGUAAUAUAUGUUCCUUAUAGCUCUAUAUGUACUUGUACAAUAAAUGUAGUGUUCUGUUUUGGGAAUAUAAACUUGUGAUAAAU